AUGGGAGUAUCAUACGGAAUCAUACCCACGCCAUCAUCCCGCGCUGAGUCUGACUCAGAUUCGUCCUUCAAAGUCCCCACCCUCCCCCGCCAUCUCUCAGGCACCAGCACCCCCAACAGCCCUCUAGCCCGCAGCUCCCCGCCCUCUCCAAAGCAGCACUCGCGCACAUACACCGAGCGCGACAGCUCAGAUGAAGAUUCUGGAAACGAGGAUGAACUCGUGACCGGGUUCGACCAGUUCGGCGUACAGCGCGUACGCGAGAAGCCCAAGCCUGAAGGCCCCCUUGUCAUCCCUGCGCUGAAAAACAAAGACUGGCGCGAGCUCGCGCGCAAACGCAAGCAGCUGUACGUCCCGCCCGGGGCCACCGCGGUAACCGGCGCGGACGGCUCCGUGGGCGGGCUCGGCACGCGCGACACCAUCAACUCCGGGCCCGUCCUCACAGGGCUGCAGAUGAAGAAACGGCUCAAGGUCGACGAUGCCGAGGAUGAGCCUAUGCCCGCUGCCGACGCCCCCGCGCAGGCCGAGGAAGUGAAGAAGGAGGAGGAGACGGACGACCAGCGAGCGCUGCGCGCGAUCCUAGCCUCUGCCGCGUCAGGCGGAGACAUCGAGGGCCCGCAGAUCGAGAUCAUACCCCCGCCGAGCGAGGACGACGUGUACAAACAGGACGUCGAGGAGCUGCCCGAGUCUGCGUCGCUCGACGACUACGAGCGCGUGCCCGUCGCGCAGUUUGGCGCCGCGCUCCUCCGCGGCAUGGGCUGGAAGGAGGGGCAGGCGGCGAGCAAGCGCGGCAAGGGCCUUGUAGAGCCGUGGCUCCCGCAGUCACGCCCGGCGCUCCUGGGGAUUGGCGCGAAGGAGAAGGAGGUGUUCGACGAUGGGAGCAAGAAACGGGGCGGGAAGGCGCGUCCGGAGCGGCGGUACGUGCCCGUCAUCAAGAAGGACCGCGGCGGCGAGGGCGAGAGUGGAAGCGGAAGUGGACGGGAGGUCUCGUCGAGGCCGCGCUCACCUGCGCCUUCCUCGAGACACGGCUCGGGAAAGCCCUCGAGGUCGCCAUCACCAGACCGCAGGAGGGACCGGGACAGCCGGCGCGAUGACCGGGACAAGGAUAGGUAUCGCGAGAGUGACCGCGAGAGGGAAAAGGACAGGGACCGCUACAGCGAACGGCGACGGGAUGAGAGCUCUUCUCGUCGAGACCGCGACCGCGACUACGAUUCGUCCCGCAAGGACCGCGACCGGGAGCGGGAUCGGCGGGGCGACCGUUCGACAGACAAGUACGACUCCUCCAGGCGCAGGGACAGGUACUGAGUCGGACCUAUAUAUCCGUGUCUCAACGCUCACGUAUCCAGCGUGAUGGGUAUGUUGUAAUAUCAGACUGUCUUUAGAGUACUUGCGCUCGCUUGAAUGGAACAUCGCGAGCAUUAUCGAACACGAC